UUGUAUUUCUCGCUGCUUGAAAUUGGGUUCUUCAUCAGCUGAAGUCUUGUAUGUUUUUGAAAGAGAAAAGCAGAUGUUUUAAAGGAUUUUGCUGGCCGAUUUCUUGUUCAUCUGUUGCUUCACUUGGCUAAGUGGCUUCUGUUUAAAGUCGAGGAGGAUCGCGUGAUUAUCAGUUUGCGUUUGUAGUCUUUUUGACUGGUGUUAAUAUUAAUAUCGACUCGGACGUUCGUCGGCAUACAGUGUGUUUGUUGUUAAAUUAAAAGGUAUGCUCUACUCAAUUUCUUUCAACAGGGUAUUAGCCUGUUUUAUCGUCUGUGUUAUUAUGUCGGGCAGCUUGUCCAGCAAUUGUUUUAAAACCGAAAUUAGUGGCAACAAAAAACUUGGCGUAACAAAUUAUUGCAGCGACUUUUGCCGACGGGGAACUAUCAUUAAUACUCGCAAUUUAUAGCCUUUAUAUUCGAAGACCGAUAAUACGAAUUUAACUUCGGGAUUUGGGAAUGAAAACAGCCCGAAAUUGUGUGUGUAAUUAGCACUAAACAAGCCACAUCGUGCCACCGCAAAGCGAAAUAAACAACGUAAUAUUUUGCUCAUACAUAAAUUUUGCGUUGUUUUCAUUUUGCGAAAGCCCAGUUCUAAUCGCAUAGAGAACCUGUUAUCGGCAUUAAAUUUCGCUCUUAAAAUUACCGUUUUGUACAGAAAAAGAGCAGACGGGGUUUCUAAGUGCUGUUCGACGGAAUUUGUUGUUGGAAAAUGGCAAAACAACGAGAGCAGCUUCGAUGCGUGGUCAAAAAUUGAACAAACAAAAUUUGGUCGCAGAAUGUAGCAUUUUAACCGCUGUUGCAAAAUUAACCCCGUCGCGAUUUCUUCUAUGUUUAGAAACGUUCUAAAUCCAACCUCUUUUUAGAUUUUAUUUGACAAGGAUUUUCGGAAGAUUCCGGUAAAUAUCGUGAAAUAUUGCCCGGCAUUUGCCGGCAUGGCGGUAUAUAUAAGUCAUAUGUGUGAGGAGACAUACUUAUGCUAUUAACAUUAUAGUAUUCCGGUUUCGGGAAUCACUUGAACGCGCAAAAUAUCAGGGUUUUUAAAACCGUUUCCUUCCAUCAAGAAGGCUUCCUUUUCGCAUUAGAAUUGCUUAAGCAUGUUAGUGUUCAUAAGCCUGUACAAUCUGUACUGCAGCACGCGUGUAAUGGCUAUAAAUGUUUGCCUUUUUUGACAAGCGUGUAAAUAGAAUGCAUUGUCCUUGGCCUUUAAUCUUUAAAAUCAAAUUCCACGUAUGUAUUUGCACAGGGUUUUGUAAUUGUAAAACAUUGCAAAACCACAAGCCCUUGGUGCGUUUUGAUAAAUAACUAAAUAUCCUAUUCUUGCUCGCUACUUUACUUGUCGACAUUUUGCUGUGAUAAAUUUGAAAAACUGCAACAAAUCUAUUGAAAGUGGUGGCCGUUUUAACACAACAGGCGGCAGAUAGCAUUCAAUUAAAUUCAUAUUUUUAAUUUUUUUGCCUAAACUUGUAAUGUGGAAUAUAAAUUUUAGAUAUCAUGCUAGCUUUUUAGCCCUGACGUUUUGGGAGUUUGAAAUUUAUCUUUAAAUUAAAAACUCUUAUAAUGUAUAAUUUGUUUGGAAAUGCUGUCCAAAAGAUAAGAAUUGUGAAUAAGUAAUUAAAUUUGUGAGCUAGAGUGCACUGUUAAUUUUUUUGUUAACAGUAUAAUUUACAGAAUGAUUCAUUUGGCCUCUGCAAUUAGUUAUCUCAAAAUAGUGCAGCAGUCAAUCGUUUAGAUUGCGAAUGAGGCAUCAUGCUAUGUAAUAUAUUAUGUAUAUAUCUUAAAUUUAGCUCACAUUUAAUAUUAAGAUUAUGAAAUUUAAACCCUCUCAAAUCAGCCAUUUUGAAGAGUUAGAUUUUGGAGGUUUUGUUAUUUUAUCCCAAUAUUUAACAAAGACUAUUGUGUGAAAUUUCUGUUAGAGAAGCGAGAAACUUUUCCUUUGACAUUUCUGCCGUAAAGCAGGAAAUAUUUUGGUUUGUAAUUCCGAGAAAUAUCUGCCAAUUGCAUAGGCUAUAGAUAGUGAAAAAUAUUCAAUGGAUGCCAGCCAGAUGCUAUUGCAAAUCCUGGUGUAAUUAAAAUAUUUUAAAAUAGCUUUUACCAUGUAUUUUAAAUGUAAACUCAGCUGUUACCUGUAGUUUAUUGAUAAUGACCGAUAAUCGAUAUCGGACCGAUUUUUGCUUAUCGGUAGCCAAUCGGAAUCUGUAGAAUUAUCCGUAUUUCCAAUUGUCUAAAACCGAUUGUUGAGAAAAUACGCACUUUAAUUAAAAAUUAUAUGCAUUGCACGUAGAUACAUGUUGCAUUUUAACCAUUUCUAUGAUUUUAACGCAAUAUGUUAAAUUGAUGUGUGAAGCAUGCCAUUUAUUAAUGGUUGUAACAAUCUUUGGUUGUGGUAACAUUUUAUGUUGGAAAUUAUCAAAAUCGACAUGAAUGACGUCACCUUUACUCGGUCGACUGAUAUUAUGAUGUCAUUAUAAAAUCGGCGUUGGUACCGGUAGAUUGUGGCAUGAAUAAUUGGUCAUUUCCAAUUUUUGUACAAUCAAUCAAUCGCUAGUUUUGAGUUUGUUGCAACAAAAUAAUAUAGUAGACUGAAAUUAUGUUUUAUUUUGAGAAUUUCGAUAGCAGAUUUUCAGUUUGGAUAUCAGGCUAAGAAAGGCUGCUAUCCACAAUGGAUUCCAGGAAAGCUUUCUAAUCUCGAACCCUGAGGAGGAAUGAUUUUAUUCUGGUCAUAGCAUAGGAGGCCCAGUAGUUAGUGGUAUAGGUACGAAAAUGACCAAAAUAGUUUUAAAAUUGAAUAAUAUUUCAUUGUGUUACCGUGAAAAUAUCCGAGCAACUGUUUUUGUAGCCAUAUAGGUGUUUAUUUAAACCAUGCGUUGCUCAAUCUUACCUUGUGGAUGCUGUGUCAGACUUUAUCUUGGCCAGAAUCGGGUAACCACUUGUAUGUGAAAAAAACCCUGGGCGGUGCUUAAAUUUUGAGUACAUUUCCUGCAUUUAAGGGCUCUUGACAGAUUCACUAUUAUUAAUCAUGCUAGUAUAUUAUAUUCAUAGAAUAAAUUUAAGAUUCUGAAUACUGUCCCCUCCCCCAAUAAUUGUGCAAAGCUUUUUGAUUGGCAACCAAGUAUAUAGGCUGUAAAAUAGUUAUCUUUUGCUUUAUCACUAAGCCGUAAAGCUUGCUUCAGCUUUUGUAAUUUCCAAGUUUAGAACAAUGUGUCUUGGUUGUGUUGGUAGCAGAGUUGUGCACUUUUCCAAAAUUUCAACGAGAUCUUGGGUGCGCAAAUGUUAGAAGAUCUAAGUGCAGGUGCGCAAAACAUUUCCCAUGAUGCAGUCAGGAGAACAAAAGUAGCCAGAUACACGUUUUUAAAACAAUGAAAAUGAGAGAUUUGAGGGCAGAUUAAAUUGCAAAAAUUGUUAUAAAAUACACCCCAGGUACAUUGAAAUUUCUGCCUAAAAAAUAUCGAGUGUGACGUUGACCAACUCUGCAGUCUGAGCAGCGGAGUGUGGUUAUUUAUGUAUUUAUUUGUUUGCUUUGCCAGCCUAGACAUUCAGAAUAGAAAAUAUAACACAGAAAACAGGGCCGUAACUAGACACAAUAUUUGGGGGUGGUGCAUAUUCAUAUAUUCAUGUUCACAUACUGUAAAAACAAUCGCUUUCAAAAGAAAUCAAUAGGGCAGAACAUGAAAAUAUGAAUAUGCAACACCCCUGUUUCGGCCGUGAUAGAAAAUGUACACAGAUAAAUAACUGGCAGGGUCACCACAACAGCUUGCUGCAAUUUCUGUGGCCCCUCGUCAGAAACAAUGCCAUUGUAGUUGUUAACCCUUGAAAUUUGUUGCAUCUCAAGUAUAGUUCAAUAGACAAUUCCCAUUAUAGACUAAUUUUACGCACGCAAUACAAAAGUAUACAAAAUUUUCAAACUUUGCAAGGCUAUAUUUUCCGCAUUUUACAACAUUUUGCAACCAAACUUUGCAAUUUUACUCAUUUUAGUAUGCUCUUCCUAGCUGUGGUGAUUUAUUUGCAUCUCCUUGCCUAGUUUUAAAAUUAGUCUGAUGGGAAUUGUCUAUUCCCACAAUAUACAGUUGUCUGCUUAUAGUUUCCCCUCAGUCACAUGUGAGAAGAGUGGUCUCAUGCUUCCACUAAUUUGACUUCGCCAAAUACUAUGUAUUGUCUCUGAGUCAGGGAUUUAGAUAUAGUGCGCCAGGUGCCCUCUCCCCCAAAAUAUUAAGUUUCCCUGAUUUCUCUUGGGAUAAUUUUGAAAUCAGAUCUUCAUCUUCUAAAAACGUGAUUUAUCAAAGCAAGUCAAAACAACACGUGUUAAUAUGCACUCAAAAUUGCAUGGUUGACCUCUGUAAUAUAAUAGCCGAAGGCAACCUCUAGGAAGAGCAGUAUAUUAGAACCUGAUGAUCCUUACUGGACCACUAGGAAGAACAGUUUAGAAGUGAUAGAAUUCUAUCCAGUAUAAAUAAAGUUAGUUUAGGUUUCCUCCUGUAGUAACACUGGAUCAAUAUAAAGAUAAGAGAUGAUCCUUACUGGACCUCUAGGAAGAACAGUUUAGAACUGAUAGAGCUAUCCAGUAUAAAUAAAGUUAGUUUAGUUUAGGUUUCCUCCUGUAGUAACACUGGAUCUAUAAGAGAUGAUCCUUACUGGACCACUAGGAAGAACAGUUUAGAAGUGAUAGAACUAUCCAGUAUAAAUAAAGUUAGUUUAGUUUAGGUUUCCUCCUGUAGUAACACUGGAUCAAUAUAAAGAGAGAUGAUUUUUUAUACUGGGCCCUGGCUCUUUAUACUGGCAUGACAGAUUUGAGAACAAAAUAAAUUUCACGAAAUAUUUUUUAUCUUAAAAUAAUCUCAGUGUCGCCUGGCUUAAUAGUAAGUGCUUGCAAGAUUCAUUUCAUCAGCCUCAGAUUAAAAAUUUAUUUAUAAGGGAAACGUUUCAGAAAAUCCCUUUUAAAAACACAGACAAAUCGGAAUGCAUUUUUACCACACGCGGUGGAUUUUAAGUGGUUUUCCUGAAAGGUUUCGUUGAUGAGUAAUUUCAUUGAUGGGUAUAAGCCGUCUGGACGAACUUCGGCAGAGAAAAGAUAGUUUAUCGUGGUUUAUCUGGUAAUUCCUUUGCAUAUAUAAAACGCGGCAAGCACACAGACAACUACAGUUCACCUAAUCAGAUGAAACUGUGUGUUUAGUCUGCUCAGUUCUUCUUCACGCAUGACCAUCCAUAAGCGAAUUUUUCGCAACAAAGCCGAGAUGCCAUGGCUACACGCGUAAAAAUCUCGCAUCUUGUAUUGCAAGUCUGCCAACAAGCCGUCGACAAGUUGUCUUCGCACUGCUUGUCCCAAGUUGUCGAGAAGUUCGGAACAAGCUGUUAACAACUUGUAACAACCUUAUUGAUAUUAGCAGACUUGUUGCAAAGUUGUUCCAACAAGUCCGGAAGUCAUGAUAUUAUAACAGUAUUCUUACAAGUUUGUGUCGUCAACCUUGUAAGAUUAUUGUUAUAUCAUGACUGUAUCAGACUUGUUGGAACAACCUUGUAACAAGUCUGAUAAUGCCAUCAAGCUUGUUACAAGUUGUUAGCAGCUUGUUCCAAACUUGUUACAACAACUGGGAACAAGCAGUGCGAACACAACUUGUCGAUAAGCAGUGUGUACACGCGUAUAAUCUCACAGCUUGUCAACAAGUUGUGUUCGCACUGCUUGUUCCCAGUUGUUGACAAGUCUAGAACAAGUUGUUAUUUUAGGUAUCACAAGAUUAGGCAUUGAGAAGCGAGAGUUUGCACGAGAGUUUUCUCAACUCUCAUGCCCUGGUCAAACGAGGACAAGAGUUGCAUGAGAGUUGAUGAGAGUUGAGAAGCGAGAGUUUGCAUGAGAGUUGAUGAGAGUUGAGAAGCGAGAGUUUGCAUGAGUGUUUUCUCAACUCUCAUUCCUCGGUCAAACGAGAACAAGAGUUGCAUCAGAGUUGACGAGAGUUGACUAGAUAUUACCGCGCGAGAACGAAAUCUCUUAUCAAAUCUCAUUAAAAUUUGUAGCAGUUCAAAGUCAAUGAGAGUCGAUGAGAAUUGGUGAAAUGUAAACGACAGUUACAACUCUCAUCAUUGGCUCUCAUCCUCGUUUUAUACCGAGGCUUUAGUUUUGUUACUUCUCAAUACUGUAUAUUGUGGGAAACAGACUUUUGAAAACGUUUCAUUUCGAAUCUAGAAUACAAGAUCAAUCACUUAUACCUUGUAUCUGCUUGAAUUGUAAUUCAUCGUUCAUCCAGGCUUAACUCCACACAGAAUUCCGUCAGUAGCAUAGUUUUCAUACACCUUCCCUUUAAUGUGUUGUUAUUCUUGUAGCACUUUUGCAUUUUUUUCGUAUGUUUAUUUUUGUCAUAUAUCUUCGCUCCGCACCUUACCGUCGGCAAGCUUUAUCGUAAAAAAUGAACGCUUUUUUAUUAUCGGCAGCUGUUCUUUUACAGCACCUGCUUUUCGUUUGUAUUUCAAUUACCUUUCGUAACAAUGAUCUUAAUAUAUAAACAAGCAUAGUCCGUUUCAGUUCCUUAGGCGUUUCCGCCAUAAAUUAAUAAGUUAAGUUUUCGAUCAGACAAGGAUAGUCUCGUUCCCAGGGUCUUCUCCCUUGUAGAGAUGAUGAUGAUGAUAAACUUUGGGCGUGUAAAAAACAUUAACAAAUUGUUACAAGUAAAAUAAUAAGGAAAGAAAGAAAGAAAGAAAGAAAGAAAGAUUUAUUAUGCACAUGAUAUUAGUAUAUUUACAAGUUAUCUGUUGAAAUUAUAAAACUGAAGAAUUAUUACAUAUUUAUGUUAUUAUAGACUUAGAUUGGAUGUGCGCAGUAGCUAAAGUAGCGUGAGCUUUCGAGUUGGCUACUGCGUGUUAAUAAUUUUACAUGGAAUAUAGUAGAAAGUAGAAAAUCGUUAUGGCAAAGUAAUCAUAUCAAUAUUUAGCUUCUAAUUCAUAAUUUGACAAGUAGGUUAAGACUAUAUCAGGCAGGAUAGGAGGGACUGUUUGUACUGUACUUUAAAGGCUUCAAUAUUUAAAUGUUUUAAAUAAGGUGGAAUACAAUUCCACAGCUUCGAGAUAAUAAAUUUGAUGGUGGAUUGACCAUAAUUAGUUCUUACUUUUGGCCGAUAGAAAUUGCCACUGGCAGACAGUCUAGUAUUAUAGCUGUGAAUAUCAGAUAUUGGUGUAAGGUAAUCAUGAAAUAUGUCCAUACAUAUUUCAUGAUUACCUUACACCAAUAUCUGAUAUUCACAGCUAUAAUACUAGACUGUCUGCCAGUGGCAAUUUCUAUGAAUCACUUGACAGUUUUUUUGCAAAUGUAGCAAUUUAAAUUUCACAAUAUUGUCAAAAUUGAGUAUUCCAAGAAGUUUAUAGUAAGUAGUUGCUGACUCCAUAUGAUUUGCGAAGAAAAUACUACGUAUACAUUUAUUUUGUUUAGUACGAAUCUUGGUUAAAUUAGUUGUAUACGCGCUAUCAGAAUCACUGCUAAAGACAACAUGCCAAUUACCAGUGAGAGCAUUAAAUUCAGUAUCUGAUAGGUAAUAAAAUGGUAAAUUAGAUAACUCACAGUCUUGUUCAUCCAUCGCUUCACAUACAGUUUGUGUCUAAAAAUAAUCACGAAUUAUUGUUUAGUCCUUAGAAAUAAACCUCUGAAACUCUUCUUCUGUUGUAAAGCUGUUAACUGGCGACGAUUCUGUUUGGCGAAGGAGAAUUUUCCCGUUUGCAGUCCAUAUAAAUUUAUAGUUAUGCUGUCUACGAUAGUCGUGGAAUUUUCCAAAGAGACGCUUUCUGUAAGCCGUCAAAGAUUCAUUGAUGAAUAUUUUUGUGGGUUGAGAGAUACUCUUGCCAAUUUCUGCAUUUACUGAGGGCAGGCAAUCUGUCAGUUUUCCAUUUAAAACUUUCCUCUUCUUAUAAAUUUCUUCUCGUAUAUGUCGCGGCGUACGAACUUGACAAUAAUGCGGUCUUGAAUUUUCCUCGUGGGGGGAAGUCUAUGCGCCGUAGAUAUGUCAUUUUCGUUCAGUAAAACGCCUAAGGUUGCUCCAAGUUCCAUGACAAUAUUUUUCGGCUCGUCGUUGGGUAAUGUAGGUAUACCUGUAAUUUCCAGACAAUCACGCCUUUGGUAUUGUUGGAUUUCGUCAAUGGCGGCCAUAUUAUCAUAGUCGUUGUUCUUUAAUCCGGUUAUUGUUUUACCCUGGUCUUCGAUUUUGCUUUCAAUUUGCUGCAUUUGUUUCUUAGUUGUCUGUGUAAUCUUUAUUAACUGGUCAUACUGUUCGGAAAAGAAGGACAGGGUCUUUUCAAACUCAUCCAAGCGCUUGUUUAGAUCACGAAUUUCAGUAUAUAGCGAGGCAUUCGCUGAGUCGAUUUCCUUUCGAAUUUCUGGCAGAAAUUCAUUUUUCCACAGUUCACGAAACCUUGCAAUAGUAAGCUGUUGUCUUGUUGUUGUCAUUUUGAUAGAUUAUUAUCGAUUAUCUACAUAAAACGAACUUACAUGAGCAGAACCAACUUACUCGGCUUGCUCAUACUCGGCGAGGAAGUAUUAACAUGCAGAAUAUAAAAUUAUUAAAAUAUAUACAAAAAGUUUGCUAUUUACAAUGAUGUGGUUUUCUUUAUAAGCUAUAGGUAGCGAUUUUUCUUUUAAAACUUGAGAGCGAAUUACUUUCUCUUAUAUUUUUUGGAAGAGAGUUCCAUAUGGAAGCUCCAUCAUACAUGAAACUCUUUUUCAUAUUGUUUGUGUUUGGCUUGGGCAAACGUAUGGUACUUGAGCUGUUACGAAGACUGCGGUUUAAUAUUUCUUUUUUGAAAGUAAAUAAUUCUUUGAGACAAUUUGGCCCCAUGUUAUUUAGCGUUUUAAACAUUAUUUUUGCCUUUGCUUUCACUCUUUGUUCCUUGAGUGGUUCCCAUCCUAAUAUAUUUAGCACAGUUUGUUGAUCUACCUCAUUAGGCACACAUGCUAUUACACGAGCAGCUCUGUUAUGAAGUUUUUGGAGACGCGUGGAUUGCGUUUCACCAAAUAUAUUCCAAACUUCACAACAGUAGCUAAAGUAUGGUUGAAUUAUAGCAUUGUAUACGGAAACAAGUGUUUUUUGAUCAACAUAUUCUUUAAUGCUUUUAAGAGCGUAUAUUCCAGAUGAUAUCUUUUUACAUAUAUUAUCUGUAUUGCUCUUCCAACACAAAUUUUCAUCAACAGUCACACCUAGUGUUUUACAUUGAAAAACCUGCUUUAUGGGUAUGUUUUGAAUGUGAAUUUUUUAAGUUGCUGAACAGAAGCUUUUUUCAGCAUCUGUUUAGUACCAAUAAUUUGAAAUUCAGUUUUCGCCACAUUCAAGCUCAGUUUGUUUGCCAUGAGCCAUUUACGAAGCAUUUCUAAAUCUGAGUUUACUGCAUCUUCAAGAUCACUUAAGCAUUCUCCAGCUGCUGUGAUAUUUGUAUAUCAUCAGCAAACAGCCGUGGUUUUGUUUUACUCAGACAUGCAGGUAGAUCAUUAAUAUACAGGGUGUAUAAAAAAAAACUGAACAGAUUUGAAAUCGCUCUCAAUUUCGCAAAACACCUAUUUGUAUCCCAUUUUUUAUAUAUAUAGCUUCUUUGGGUACUUAUAAUGUAGAAUAAUGAUGAAAAAAUUCUCAAACUCAAAUUUGGUGAACCAGGGGGGUGUGUCAUUUCCAACAAAUUAAAAAUGGCUCGCGCACAAAAUUUAAAAGCUUUAAUCAUAUUUUGAGUUAAUAGAUGGAAAAUUUGUUUGGUUUUUAAUUACUGUACAAAAUUUCAGACAAUUUGGUUUAGUUUAAGCCGUUUAACUAUUCAUUUUAUUCUAAAAAAUCAGCCUUUCGCAUGCUUAAUUAAUGCAUUUACCUAAUUUGCAUAUUGCUAACAUAUGCAAAUUAGGCAAAUGCAUUAAUUAAGCAUGCAAAUAGCUGAUUUUUAGGAAAAAUGUAACUUUGCGUGAAUAGUUAAACGGCUUAAACUGAACCAAAUUGUGUGAAAUUUUGUACAGUAAUUAAAGACCCGACAAAUUUUCCAUCUAUUAACUCAAAAUACGAUGACAGCUUUUAAAUCUUGUGCGCAAGCCAUUUUUAUUUUGUUGGAAAAGGCACACCCCCCUGGUUCACAAUAUUUGAGUUCAAGAAUUUUUUUCAUUAUUCUACAUUCUAAGUACCCAAAGAAGCUAUAUCUAUAAAAAACCGGAUACAAAUCGGUGUUUUGCGAAAUUGAGAGCAAUUUCAAAUCUGUUCAGUUUUUUUUGAUACACCCUGUAGAGUAAGAAGAAUAGUGGCCCCAAUAUAGACCCCUGGGGUACACCACAUUUGACGUCAUUUUCCCCUGAAAUAGAUCCAUUGACUUCACAUCUUUGAGUACGACCAGUUAAGUAUGAUUUGAGUAAUAGAAAUGCACUUCCUGUGAUUCCAACUAGUUUUAGUUUUUGCAAUAAGAUCUCAUGGUCAACAGUAUCAAAGGCUUUUUUUAAGUCUACAAAUACAACCAAAUUAAAAAGUUUUCUAUCCAUGUUUAUGUACCAAUCAUUUGUGCAAUCAAGUAAAGCUGUUGCAGUUGAAUGAAAUUUUCUGAAACCAAAUUGAUGUUCAGAAAGUAUGUUAUUUGCACUCAAAUAUUCAUAAAGUUGACUAUAUAGGAUACGUUCCAUAAUUUUACUAAUGUCUGGUAACACAGAAAUUGGUCGAUAAUUUCCUGGCAAGUUUCGUUUGCCAUUCUUAAAAAGGGGAAUUACUCUUGCAAUUUUCCAUUCAUGUGGAAAAGUACAUAAAGUUAUUGCUUGAUUAAAGAUGUAAGUCAAUGAAUCGGAAAUUAAUGGUGCAGCAAUUUUGAUUAUCUUGCUGGAUAUUUUAUCCAGGCCAGUAGCUUUGCUACCAGACAGUUCACGUAAUAAAAGACAAACAUGACUAACAGUAACUGACUGGAAUGCAGUAAAUUCAGAAUUAGUUUUGUCAAGGAAGUCUUUAGAAUGACAUCCUGGUGUACUAAUUUCUUCGGCUAAAUUCGGUCCAAUAUUUGAAAAGAAGGUAUUGAAGCCCUCAGAAAUUUCAUCAGGGCUUGUUAAUUUUAUGCCAUUUAAGUUUAAUUCGUUUACUUUAGUUCUUUGAUUUUGUUUACCAAGUAAGGUAUUAAUUGUCUUCCAAGCAGCUUUUGGAUCUUGCUUUUCAGUCGCUAUUUUAUUGGAAUAAUAUUCCUUUUUGGUUUGUCUUAGAAGAUUGUUUGUUUCAUUUCUGGCUUUUUUAUAGUUAUCCCAAUCUGUUUCAAGUUUAGUGAUAAUUGCUUUUCUUUUCAAAUUAUCUCUUGCAAUUAUUAGUUUUUUUAUAUGACUAGUAGGCUAAUCCAAGGAUUUUUUUUAGAUUUUGUUUUUUUGUUUUGAAUUGGGGCAUGUUUAUCUAGGACUUGUAAGAAAAGUUGUUUCCAAAUUUCCCACAUAGUGUCAGGAUUGUCUGCAAAAAAUAGACAUGUUCCCAUGUUUGAGUUCCUAGGUCUUGUAAAACUGCUGUUCAUUGAAUUUUUUCAUAUUUCUAAUUUCAAUUAUGUUAUCAUUAUCUUUGUGUCGAAUGUUAAUCUUUCUUAUGCCAUAAAUGAGACUGUGGUCACUAAUUCCAGUAUGUAUUACACCACAUUUGGAUAUUUUUCCUGGUUCAUUGGUAAUAAAAUGAUCAAUAAGUGUGGAGGAUGUCCUAGUGAUCCAUGUGGCUUUAUCAAUUAUCUGGGAUAAUUGAUAAAUUUCGAGUAAAGAUUUAAGUGUCUUAGUUGGAUGGUCAGGAAUAGACUUAAAAAGGUCGCAGUUAAGAUCACCCAGUAUAUAGAUUUCCUUGUUUUCAUUAUCAAUCUUUUUUAAAAGGUUUUCAAGAUGGAUAAAAAAAUUCGAUGAAGCAUCUGGGCGUCUAUAAACCGUAACAACCACAAAUGGUCUGCUAUGCGGUUUAGUUAUCUCUAUGCAUAUAGCUUCUAGAUCGGCUGGUAUAAGAUCUUGUCUGAUUUGAUAGUUUAUAGAAUUACGUAGGUAAAUGCAAACACCACCACCAUUUCUAGACCUAUCUUUUCUUAUAAUGUCAUACCCAUCUAUAUGAAUCAUACCAUCAGUUAUGGUUGAAUUAAGUCUGGUCUCACUAAAUGACAUUAUAUCGAGUAAUUUGUUUGACAUACUUAAGUUAAUUUCAUCAAAUCGUUUUGGCAAGCUUACUAUAUUUAAAAAAGCCAUUUUAAAUCCACGCUGAUUGGGAAGACAAUUAAUUUUAUCCGAAAAAUCGCUACCCAUUUCUGUUUCAUUAUGUAUUUGACUAUGUUCUAUUUUAUUAUGUAAUAAUGGGAUAAGAUAAGACGAGCGUAGGGUAGAGAGUCUCGGAACGAGGUUGCAAGCGGGCGUUUGUCGUUUGAGGAAAGUCGCACGGAGCCAGAGCGACAAUCCAGGCAACAAUGGGUGACUCCAGCUACAGACGAAAUUUUGAUCUAGGCAAGAAGAACGAAACCCUAUCACCACAGCUGGAAAGAGCAUUUUAAAAUGAGUAAAAUUGCAAAGUUUGGUUGCGAAUGGUUGUAAAAUGAGGAAAAUAUAGCCCUGUGAAGUUCGCAAAUUUUGUAUAUAUUUGCAUUACGCGCUGGAAAAAGAACCAUUUUUAUUUUUACCGCGCGUGGUACAAAUAUAUACAAAAUUUGCGUAUAGGGCUAUAUUUUUUCAUAGGGCUAUAUUUUCGUCAUUUUACAACAUUUAGCAACCGAUCUUUGCAGUUUUAUUCAUUCUAAGACGCUCUUUCUAGCUGUGGUGUUGGAUUUCGUUCUUCUUUCCUUGAUCAAAUUUAGUCUACAGCUAGAAUCGCCCAUUAAUAGCACGGACUUGUUGUCACACGGAGCGACAUUUAUCCCAGUAGGACAAUGAAACAUCGCUCUCUCUGAUUGGUCCAUUUUCUCCCAGCGACAUGUCACAUGAAUGUCUAACACGAUGAGACAAGUAGCGGGGACGCAAUUUUCUUCUCGUGAAAGGUUGUAUAUGCAACAAUAAUCUAUUCUCGUGACAAGAUUUCCACAUGACUCACACGAUGAAAUGUGUGGCAGAAUCUUUGUGGCCGAAGCGGGAGUUUGUAUGAGAGUUUUCUCAACUCUCGUGCCCCGGUCAAACGAGAACAAGUGUUGCACGAGAGUUGAGAAGCGAGAGUUUGCAUGAGAGUUUUCUCAACUCACAUGCCCCGGUUAAACGAGAACAAGAGUUGCAUGAGAGUUGACGAGAGUUGAGAAGCGAGAGUUUGCAUGAGAGUUUUCUCAACUCUUAUACCCCGGUCAAACGAGAACAAGAGUUGCAUGAGAUGCUUGUGAUGUUACUCUGAGUGUAUAUCCACACCGGGCAAGCUUGAAAAAUAUGCCCGGUGUGGAUAUACACUCAGAGUAACAUCACAAGCAUCAUUUCACCUGAGUACAUUACACCAACACAGAAAAAAUCAAGUUGCAUGACAGUUGAUAAAAAUUGAGAAGCGAGAGUUUGCAUGAGAGUCAAACGAGAACAAGACUUAUUACAUGAGAGUUGAUGAGAGUUGAGAAGCAAGAGUUUGCAUGAGAAUUUUCUCAGCUCUCAUGCCCCGGUCAAACGAGAACAAGAGUUGACUGGAUAUUACCGCGCGUUAGCGAAAACUCUUAUCAACACUCAUUAAAAUGUGAACCAGUUCAAAGUCAAUGAGAGUUAAUGAGAAUUGCAUGAAAGUUGAUUGGAUAUUAUACGACGAGUACCAGUCAAACGAGAAAAAUUGAAUCAGAUGAAAACAAUAUCAUUUCAUUCUCUUUGUGUCAUUUAGUCUCCCUCGCAUUAUCAUAUUUAUACUAAACUCAAUUGCGUCUCAUUUCUAGAUGUAAUCCUUAGCAGAUGAACUGUUUUUCCCAACAAAGCCCUCGUAUAUGAUGAAGGACGAUUAUGACAAAAAGUCCUCCAAGACAAAGCAUUUUAUUCCUCUCGACGUAUUUCUAUCAAGUUACUAAAGAGACUUCAUAAUGGCUCGUCUAGUCCCUCUUAUCUGGAGUUUAGGAUGUGUAUUUUUCUUGUACGCCCCAGUAUUGGAAGGUAAGUCAGGUAGGUCAGUGGAUUGUGUGUGUGUGUUGGGAGGGGGGGGGGAGCCCUGGUUCCAGGGCUGGAACUGCGAGACAAAAGAAACGCGAAGACGGAACCACUUUCUGAAAAAAGGUAUCAAUUUCUGAAAUGACUGAAAAACGGCAAACUUCGCAGGUCUAUAUUAUCUUUAUUUUACAACAUUUCGCAACGAAACUUCGGAAUAUUACUAAUUUUGUGAUGCUGUUUCAAGCCAAAUUUUUGUCUAGACUUGUCUCGAUCAAGAUUUUGUUCAUUAUUAGGUAAUAGGUCCAUUCGCAAGUACAUUAAUUCAAUGGUUGAACUUCGUUUGCAAACAAAUGUUCGUACUCAAUAAUAAUAAUAACCAAUUCAAUGAAAUACAAACCUUAAUUCUUGGUAGACCACUGGACCAAGAACUUUCCAUUGAAUUGUUAAUUUCAACUUGAACUAUGAACAUUUGUUUACAAUAGUUCAAACAUUGAAAUGUACUUGCGAACUUUGUUGCGAACUUUGUUGCGAAGUUCACGCUCAAUUUUCGAACUUGGAAACGUAAUUGCCAAGUUUGCAACGAACUUGGGAACCGCGCGUUGAAAGGUGUUUUGAAAUCGACAAUAAGACUCCCUAGACCGCCCAGAGGCCACAGCCCGCCUACUCUAUCAACACAGCCUUGAUAACUUGUUGUCAUUUGUCCUCGUUAACAUUUUAUCUUCUUUCUUUAGUAUCGAGCUCGGAUGUCAGGAGAACUUACAAAUUGGGCUUUAUGCUGCCUUUUAACGCUGAUACUGCAUGUGAUGCCCAUCUUAGAAGCUAUGCGGGACAAUAUGCACCAGCCAUUCUAGUUGCCAUGGAACACAUUAGAAAUGAUACAAGUUUGAAUUUCAAUUUAACCUGGGUUUGGAAUGACACAAUGUGUAACGAGUCCAAAGCAAUCCGACAGCAAGUAUGGCAGCUAAAUAAUGGGGUUGAUGCUUUCUUCGGACCAGGCAAAAGCUGUGCUACCACAUCGAGGAAUGCAUUAGCUUUUAAUAAACCUGUGAUAUCAUAUGUAAGUGUAAUGAAAGGCGAAAAAGACUGAAACCUACCCCUCUGAAACCUUAUCCUAAGGCUUCAGUAACGUUUAGGGUCCAGGAAACACUGCGGUCAAACCAGUCCUAGCCAUGUUUCCCAAAGGUGGACAAACCAGGAAACAUUGUUUCCCAGCCAUGUUUCCCAAAGGUAGACAAACCAGGAAACAUUGUUUCCUAUCCAUGUUUCCUGAAGGUAGGCAAACCAGGAAACAUUGUUUCCUAGCCAUGUUUCCCAAAGUUAAAAAUUAAAAGAACGUACUUAAACGGUUUCAACGUCCAACACUGCCUUCUAAAGCUAAGACCCUGCGCCAAUAUUUCCUUUAUCUAGGAAUGCAGAGAUGCCCCUCUGGCCGACAAGGAUGUUUACAAAACGUUAGCAAGAACUUCAAUAAACAAUGUUCACAUCGUUCCGCCAUUACUGGCAACAUUAAAACAAUUCAAGUGGAAAAGAGUCGCUAUUGUUUAUCAGAAAAAGAUUCAGUGGCAAAUGAUCUAUAAUUAUGUGUCGAAAGUACUCGCAGAAGAAAAAAAUAACAUCACUAUCGCGCUUACAGAAAGUGUCCAACUUGACUAUAAAGAGUUUCAUCAACGCAAUUUUCAGGCUGUUGAAGCGUCUUUGAGAAGAAUAAGUCAGACGGCAAGAAGUAAGUGUUUCCUUCCACUCUUCUUUCCUUUCAUUCUUUCCUUCCUGCCUUCCUUCCAUUGUCUUUCCUUCCAUUCUUCUUUCCAUUGUCUUUCCUUCCAUUCUUCUUUCCUCCCGUUCUUCUUUCCUUCCAUUCUUCUUUCCUUCCAUUCUUCUUUCCUUCCAUUCUUCUUUCCUUCCAUUCUUCUUUCCUUCCAUUGUCUUUCCUUCCAUCUUCUUUCGUCCCAUUCUUCUUUCCUUCCAUUCUUCUUUCCUUCCAUUCUUUCCUUCCAUUCUUCUUUCCUUCCAUUCUUCUUUCCUUCCAUUCUUCUUUCCUUCCAUUGUCUUUCCUUCCAUCUUCUUUCGUCCCAUUCUUCUUUCCUUCCAUUCUUUCCUCCCAUUCUUCUUUCCUUCCAUUCUUCUUUCCUUCCAUUGUCUUUCCUUCCAUCUUCUUUCGUCCCAUUCUUCUUUCCUCCCAUUCUUCUUUCCUUUCAUUCUUCUUUCCUUCCAUUCUUCUUUCCUUCCAUUCUUCUUUCCUUCCAUUCUUCUUUCCUUCAUUCUUUCCUCCCAUUCUUCUUUCCUUCCAUUCUUCUUUCCUUCCAUUGUCUUUCCUUCUUUCCUCCCGUUCUUCUUUCCUUCCAUUCUUCUUUCCUUCCAUUCUUCUUUCCUCCCAUUCUUCUUUCCUUCCAUUCUUCUUUCCUUCCAUUGUCUUUCCUUCCAUCUUCUUUCGUCCCAUUCUUCUUUCCUUCCAUUCUUCUUUCCUUCCAUUCUUCUUUCCUUCCAUUCUUUCCUCCCAUUCUUCUUUCUUUCCACUCUUCUUUCCUUCCAUUCUUCUUUCCUUCCAUUCUUUCCUCCCAUUCUUCUUUCCUUCCAUUCUUCUUUCCUUCCAUUGUCUUUCCUUCCAUCUUCUUUCGUCCCAUUCUUCUUUCCUUCCAUUCUUCUUUCCUUCCAUUCUUCUUUCCUUCCAUUCUUUCCUCCCAUUCUUCUUUCUUUCCACUCUUCUUUCCUCCCAUUCUUUCUUUCCUGCCUUCCUUCCAUUGUCUUUCCUUCUAUUCUUUCCUCCCAUUCUUCUUUCCUUCCUUAUAAAUAUAAUAACUUUACUUUCUAUCUAGAAGUUGAAUUGUUUGGAACCAGUAUAAAUAUAAAUACAAAUGCUGAAAUUGUGUAUUUUCUCGUUACUAGUUGUAAUUCUACUAAUGAGUCAUGAACUUGUUAUUGAAUACAUGCUGUCUGCCCACAAGGAAGGUCUCGUUCAAACUGGAGAAUAUGCCUUCAUCAGUUUUCAACUCAGUCCAGAGCUAUUGAACCAUAAGGUAGGAAUAUUUAUGACCUGUUACCAAAGCAUUGACAAAGUCAUGCCUGUCAAAACAGGGUAUCCUAGGUAGUGGCGCUACCUGCAAGUGUCUGAAGCUAACUGCAAGAAAGUUUUUAUGCAUACUAACUAAAAAAAUACUUUAAAUUUUCCACAAACUAAUUGCAAUAUUUGCAUUUUCUGGAUUUCUAUUCUUUGAAUAUUAUUUAUUAGUAUAAUUACAUAGGUGAUUAUUGAAUAUUCUCCACGCUGAUUGGUUGCCGUUGAGGUGAUUAUUACGCGAUAAUCACCUAAGCGAUUUUCAAAAUGGCGGCCGAAGCCGUUUUGUCAAUUAAAUGACGGAGAAAUAUGUAUUUUUUAUAUUUUUUCCAAAUAAUCACCAAUGAAAUUAUACUAAAACAAUUAUUCACCUCAGGCUCGGUGAUUAUCGUGAAUAAAAACCUCGACUUCGUCUCGGUUUUUAUUCACCGAUAAUCACCUCGCCUUCGGCGAAAUAAUUGUUAAUUAUUUCACAAUUUACAUUAAGUAUUACUAAGAACAUUGCAUGUGAAACGCUGGCCAGUCGAGCCCGCAUAUUUUUCGUGCGCUAGACAAUGACAUUUAAGAAUUUCAAAAAUUUAAAUAAGUUGAAUUAUUCAUCGAGCAACAAACUAUGUAAUUGUAAGGGUAAAGGUUAUAUGGAAAAGGAAUUUUUAAUAAAGUAAAUGAAUAAGAGGGUGUAUUGUGGAGACUGCGAGAAGAGUUGGUCCAGAAAGGCUGGUUUUGAUGAGAAUUUUAAGCUAACCCAGAUAAAGAGUGACGAUAGUGGCGGUGCUCUUAUUAAAAACCCAUGUUGUUAACGGAAAAGAAAAGUUUGGGGUUACACGUUAGAAGAGGCCCGAGCCAGCAAGAAACAGAAUUCACAGACUGUGAAUAUAAAACAGGAUUUGACUCGCUUGAGGUCUAUCGGGCUAACUGCAAAAUUUUUUUGGCUACCUGCAAAAAAACUAAAUAUACAGGCAUGGACAAAGCACAACAUGUUUGCAUAUAGCGCAGGAAAAUUCAUCCACAUCUUGUACUUUGUGGUUCAAUUGGAGAAAGAACCGUAUUAUUUUCGAUAGUUUUUAGAUCACUAGGUAAGGAUUUUUUGAAAAGACUUGCACCACUAUAGGAUAUCUUAACUUUACUGAUGUCGGUUUCAAACAUAUAAAAACCAGUUCUACCGUACAGUCUUUUUCUUCCUUUUUAAUCAUUUUUACGUUCUCCUUUUUACAGAUUCAGAUGAAAUGGUAUUUCGGUGAAUUUAGUGGGCCAGGCUACAUGGAAAAGAUCAUUAAAAGUUUUUCAGCGCUGUUGAUCCUGCAAGUGAGACCAAUUACGUACGGAAGGCAUAAAAAUAACAGCAUGACGUACAGUAAUUUUUCCGCCGAAGUCCUGCGAUUAAGCAGAGAGCCACCUUUCAAAUCAGAUGCUUAUCAGGGUUGCCUGUUUGUGAAUAAUUCAAGUAACUGCAGUAAGUAUAGUGUGGAAUUGAUCGAAGUGAAAAAAUAAUGUUCAAGAGUCAUCAGCAGGACUGUUCGGUAUACCGAUUAUCCGAAAAUAUCGGUAUUAAAUCAAUAUCGGUAUAUCGAUACCGGAUAUUCAACCAUACCGAUAUACCGAAAUUUCCGAUAUACCAGAAUUUUUCGGUAUACCGUGUUAAAUUUACCAACUAUAUGGCGAAACUAUAACCUUUAUUUUACUACUGAAUGGCACUUCAAAGAACCUACUGCAAUGACUUAGAAUUUCCACUUCAGUGAGAUUUUACACUGAGUAUACGUGUCGUUCGAAACAUGUUCGAAACAGCUUCGAAAUUAUCGUUUUCCCUUUUAGAAUUACUCAAAAUUUCCUUAAAAUUUCCAUUAAAGAAUUUUCCUUUAUAAUUAUCAAAGGAAAACCGGUAUACCGAUAAUAUCGGUAUAAUUUUUUCGGUAUACCGAUACCGGAAAUUUCUCAUACCGAACAUUCCUAGAGUCAUGUAGUUAUUACUUUACAUAUCAUGGUACAUAUCAAGGCUGGAUCUUGGUGGACGAGCUGGUUAGGCCUUCAGCCUGCGAGCAGGCUCUCUAUGAGCUUCGAAUGUAGCCCCUGAAGUUAACCAUGUGUUAAUAUUGUUAAGUUAGUCUUAAUCUUUCUGUUUAACGAAGUGCUAUCUAAAGCCUAAACGAUGUUUUGUUUUUAGCUGAAAGAACGUGCAAGUGUAUAUUUUUGAAAAAUACAAGUCUCGUAAGUGAUAUCUUAAUUCUUUCCAUCUUUUUGACAUUUUGUAUUUAUUACAUAAUAAUUACUUUCAUUCCAAGCUUAUGUCACGAACGUAUUUUUGUUUUGGCUUGCAGGUGCCUAUCGAAGCAGCGAAUUUGUAUCAUGGAAUUGUACAGUAUGCAUACGCUCUGAACAGAACUUUGGCGAAAAAUCAAGAGCCAAAUGGAAUAAAUAUCAUCGACGCUUUGAAAGGACACACUUUCGAUAGUAAGUAUUAUAUUAUGUUGAAGGUUUUUGUGGAUGGGAACUUCCAGUGUGUUCUUUAUACAUGUAUUAGAUCUAACCAGGAACAGUUGCGAAAAAUGAAACUAUAAACCCUCUGCCAGGAAACGAACCUGUGGCCCUGUGAUUCCAGUGCAGCACUCUAACCAACUGAGCUACAGAGGUCAGUUGUCGAGCUCUAACCAACUGAGCUACAGAGUCCAGUUGUCGAGCUCUAACCAACUGAGCUGCAGAGGCCAGUUGUCGAGCUCUAACCACAAGUUCUUGUAUGAAUUUCCUUUAGGUAUAUUUGGAUUCGACAUGACAUUUGAUGAUCAAGCGGAUGUUAUGUUCAACAUGACUCUACUGCAUCAGGAAUAUGUCAAUGGCACAAAAGAAAAGACUAACUGUGUACCUUUUAUGCCUAAUGAACCUUGCAUGGG